CCGCGGACAGAAUAUGCUCUCAUAGCAAAGGCUUGAAAGCCGAAGACAGUAGAAUAGAUGAAAAACUCUUUUCUAGAUCUUUAGCACGUAAAUGGAAGUCUUCUGAGAAUGAACAGAGCGGUCAUCAGUCGUUUACUAGUAAUCGGAGAUCAUUGUACGAGUCUUUAGUCAGUCAUCAAGCAGAGAAAAAACGCAUCUUUUGCGUAUUUGGGGGUUUGAGAUUGAAUCUUGUGCAUUAUAAACCCUAAUGCAGUGACUGUCUAUGGACAAGAGCUAAGCUCAGAAAAUUUCUGACGAUGUUCUGUGCAAAUAUAUCUUCAUUAGAAGUUCAAAUCGAAGUUAAUGAAAUGAAGGGCUUUGGACUUCCAUUUUAUUCCAUGCCGGCCGCAGUCGGCUGCUUUUGUGUGAUUUGGCAAAUUGUCUGAAAACCCUACGUUUAGUGUGGGUGAAAGAGGAGUUCAAAGUGGCGAGCCCGCGAGAUGAAUCAGAUCUGGAGAGGAAUCCGGAUUGGUUCCAUUUUUCAAACCCGCCUUUUCCUUCGUCCAUGGUUGAUCGUUGUAAUAAGGACAUGUUGGCCAUGAUUUCUGUUCUCUCGCGUGUUGUUGCUGGAGAUAUGGAAGACAAAGUAGAUCAUACUGUCAUUGGACACAAGAGAGAACGGGAUGAUCAUCACACGCCACAAAUCCAAAACCCUGUCUACGUCAAGGCUGAAAUUUCUGAUCCUCAUUUUUCUGCUGCAUUUCCUCAAGAAGCCAGUGAAACAAAGCGAAAGCAGCAGAUAUAUCCUGCAUACAAUGAAGAAUUAUUGAAGACUAAAGAGGAAGAGCCAUUUGUAAUUGCCAAAGCAGACCCCGGUGUGCAACAACAGCAAAGAAAGAGGCGUUAUAGAGGCGUCAGACAAAGACCGUGGGGCAAGUGGGCGGCCGAAAUUCGUGAUCCAAAAAAGGCGGCUCGAGUAUGGCUCGGCACGUUUCAGACUGCAGAAGACGCAGCAGAAGCUUAUGACGAAGCCGCUUUAAGAUUCAGAGGCACAAAAGCCAAACUAAAUUUCCCAGAAAGAGCCCACCUCGCCGACUGCAGCCGCAUUAAUCAAGUUAGUGCUAAAUCAAAUCAUCAAGGUACAGGCAGUGCGGGAGUUCCAGCCGCAAUCCCAAUAUCAACAAAUUCAGCAUUCACACCGCCACAAGAAAAGUCGGCGCUGUUAGAGUGCCGUAAUUUACUUGCACACGGCGCCGCUACUUCUGACUUUGCCCAACGCGCUUACUUUCCUCCAUGUUUUUAUGAUUUUCCAGAGCUUCAUCAGCAUACCCAGCUCGCCCAUAAUCCUGUGUUUGAUCUGCAACAGCAGAAUAACUGUCUUCCUAAUUACCCAAUUCAGUGUUAUGCUGCACUUCCAAUAUCACUUCAGCAACUGUCUCUACCGCCUUUCCAGUAUCAGCAAAAUCUGAUCCGCAGGCAGUUCAUAAACAGGCCAAUGUUUGGGCCCUCGCCAUUUGAUUCAGGCGACAGUUUACCAGUUUUCAAUAAUCUGCAACGCCAGCAAAUGCUUCUUCGACCAGAUUCCACUAUGGUGCAACAACCAUUGCAUUCUGUUCAUUCUCAAUCAGUUUUCGAUCACGCAUGUAGCAGCAUUGGCCCUCCUGAAUCUCGUUCUGAUUCCUGCAAUUCCUCAAUACUUCAUCCUCCACACUGCCCAGAUCCUUGACAAUACUUGUCAAAUCAUUAUGGCAGGAAAUCAUCUGAAUGAUUGGAAAAUGAACCAGUCAAAAAAAAAAAUCUUUUUUAAGCCUAGCUGCUCUUGGGCAUCUACGAUGCUCUUUUAGCACAGGUAACAUAAACUUGUUUUUAUUUCUUUGCAAUUCCAUGAUGCAUGCAAAUAUGUGGCAUAUCAGAAUUUAUAUCUUCUGAGAGCCGGAUGUUGUUUUGCUGUCACUGCACUUUUGUAAUUACUCAUGUCUUUCAUAAUAUCAUGCAGUCAAGGCCAAAUAGAUUCUUGAAAGUCAUUUGGUACCUUAUGAAAUAUUGACUUCUGUAAAAAUUUGUUUAAGAAUUUGUCUACAUACUUAUUCCACAAUAAAUUUGCAGGCCUAGAUAAAUUCAUAGAAUC